UUUCACACAAUGACGCCAACUUUUCCUCCACAAACUCCGUCAGAAACGCUGUUUGCUCUCCGUCAAACAGCCGCUCUGACCGGCGCUGCUGCAGUUAGCAUGCUAGCUGCUAGCUUCUUCUUCUUCUGUGUAAUUCGCGGUAGCCUUCAGAUGAAGCUGAACGUGUGUGCGGUGUUUCUGCUGCUGCUCUGCUGCAUCUGUCUGCAGAGAGUCGACUGCAGUCUGCCCAACGUCACGCCUGGAACACCUCCGCUGCAGGUUGCAGUGAAGUCAAACAUCGUCACGUCUCCGAAGAGGAACGGACUCAGUCGACUUCCUGGACUCUGCAGACGCCUGAAGAGACGCAGAGUCACCAUCAUGUGUAACCUGGAGAAGUUCUGCUGGCGGGGGCGGAGUCAGAAGAUUCAGUCUGGCCAGGUGUGUCGCUGUCCGCGGGGAUCCAGACAAACGUCAAAGUGUCCAGAUGAAGCUGCUCCUCUUGAUGGCGAAGGGGGACAAAAGGGGGCAAUAUUGAAGAAAUAAAACCUUUUGCUCAGACAAACUGAA